AUGAUUGGUGAUGAAGAAAACACUGAAUUUAUAAGUGAAUCUAAUAAACAAGAAAAAAAAUAAUUCAAAUCAGGUCGAAUCUAAAUAGAUAAAAAUAUUUAAGUUAAUAACUUAAUAUAUUUUGGUGCAAUAUUAGCAUUCACAUGUAUAAUUAUGCUUUUGUUUUGGAAUGUUAAGAAAUAAAGUAAUCAUAUAUAGUCAAAAUACAUAGGAUUUCACAAAAAAAAUGCACAUUUACUAGGUAUAAGUAUUAAUAUAAAAAGUGGUGUCUUAAGAAGAAUUUGAUUAUUUUGAUUAAUUAAGCGAUACAACUAAAAUUUCUAAUUGCAAUCAGUCUAUCACUAAUGAAAACACUUUAGUAUUUUUGAGUAAUUAGAUUGUGAAAGAUGAUGUUAAGAAUUGCAUAGAUCUUCUCAAGCCAAAAUUCAAUGAUAUUUUAUUGAUAAUCUAUAAUGCUACAUAAGAGUCUAUUCUAAAGGAAAUUGAUGAAAAUGUGAUCCAAUACUAUUUAUCAAACAAAGAAUUAAAAAUUUCUAAUUCAGAGAUCUAAAAAUUCGAAAACAUAGAGGAGGAUGAUUAAAUUGAAGUUGUUGCUUAGAUCAUUAAUAAUAUUUUUAAAUGAAC